AGAUGAAAUAAAAUAAAAGUAGAAUGGAAAAAGAGAAACAACCACAAGAUCUUGGAUCACCAUAGCCGAUUGAAGCAAAGGAUCCUUAUCGAGAGGUGAAGACACUGAGAAAAAGGAUCCCCAUGGUCGGCUUGGAAUUUAAUCGGUUGAGACAAAGUUCUUGGUGAGGUAGUAGCUCAUUCCUCUUAGUGAGUACCGAGUUUACCCACGGGACGAUGUUACUCCACGGGAUGCCAAGAGAAUCGCGAUUCUUAAUGAUAAAAAAGAAGGAAAUUCAAGAAAAAAAAUCAUGUAUAAAAAAUACAAAUGAAUAUUCACAAACUUCAAGUUCAUUUCCCAUUUUCUUGGAUUUUUUAAAAGGUACUUGACUGGCUAAACGCUUAUUAUGACGUUAAUUGAACUGAGAGAAAAAAAAAAAGGCAAACUUCAGAAAAUUCAUUGAAGUAGAAAAAGAAGUUUUCACACAUAAAGUCGUAUGUUUAUGUCAAUUAUAAAGGCUAAUCGUGACAGAGAUUAAGAGGUUGUCUCGUGUUUUUCAGUUAUUCAACGUCUACACAUUAAUACUCAAUUUUAAUAAAAAUCCAAAAAAAUAAAAUAAAAAUGGCUGGCUAUGUAAGAUUUGUCUUUGCGAUUAUGUUGUGCAUUGCGAAUAUGAUAAUAUAUGGUCUCAAGGUUAAUAUAUCAACAACCAUAAUAGGUAUGGUUAAGACUAAAAUUGUAAAUAAUAAUGAUUCGUCGUCACACGAGUGUCCAGCAUUUGAUAAUAUAACAAGCACUAGUGGUGGUGGUGGUCUUGAAGGCACUUAUGAAUGGUCAACAACUGAACAAGGACUUGUUGUUAGUCUUUAUUUUGCUGGUUACAUGCUUGGCAUGUUUCCAGCUGGAUAUUUUGCUGAUAGAUUCAAUACAAAAUGGGUACUACUUAUAUCGGUAUUUUGUAAUGCCAUUUUUACAUUGAUGGUACCAUGGGCUGCUGAUGCAAUUGGUGUAUUAUUAUUUUUACGAUUCAUGACUGGUUUAGUUAGUGCAGUUAAUUUACCAGUUGUUAAUGUACUUGUUGGUAAAUGGGUUGUUUAUGAAGAAAAAAGUACAUGGGUUGGUAUUAUUUAUGCUGGUACAUCAAUUGGUACUGUCCUAUCAAUUUUAUCAUCUGGUUUUAUUAUGAAUGGAUUUGGUUGGCGUACUGUUUUUUAUGUUCAUGGUAUUAUUCCUUUAAUUUGGUGUAUUUGUUUUGCAUUAUUUUUUGCUGAUUGUCCAGAACAACAAAAAUUAAUUAGUGAAAAUGAAAGACAAUUAAUUGUUAAAUCAUUUGGACAUCGUCAGCCAAAUUCUAGUAAACGUAAAAUACCAUGGAAACAUAUAUUUACAUCAAAACCAAUGUGGGCACUUAUUGCAACAAAUACAUUUGGUAAUUUUUGCUGGUACUUUAUGCUGACACAGCUGCCACUUUAUAUGAAUAAAAUGCUGAGAUUUAAUAUUAAAAGUAAUGCUGUCAUCAGUUGCUCGCCUUAUCUUAUUAACGCAGUGACUAAUCCUUUGCUUGGAAAACUACUUGACUGGGGUAGAAAUCAAGGAUUUUGGACUCAAACUUCUGGACGUAAAAUUGCUGUUGGUGUUAGCUGUAUUCCACCAAGCAUUCUUAUGAUUGCGAUUGCUUACAUGGGCUGUGAACGUUUGUGGACAACUAUCAUGCUCGUUUGCAGUAUUGUUCUUGGUGGAGCAAUCUUCGUUGGUCAUCUUAUAAAUCAGAAUGACUUGGCACCAAACUACGCUGGAAUUCUCAUGGGUUUGACAAAUUUCCCUGGCACAAUAUCUGCAUUUGUAUUGCCAGCACUCGUCGGAGCAUUGACCGAGAAUGGACAUACAUUUCACAAUUGGCGUUACAUUUUUUGGAUAUGUGUCAUUGCUCAAAUGACGGCUUUUGCAAUAUUCACAAUUUGGGGUACAGCUAAAAUUCAAAAAUGGAAUUAUCCUGAAGGUUCACCAGAGAGAGAACAAGCGGAUGCUGUUGAUGAAACAGAAACACGAAUGAUUUAACGAAAAAAUAAAUAAAUAGAAUAAUAAAUUUUUAAAUUUCGUUAAUCUAAAUAGUUGACAGCACAUGUAGCAGGAAAUUAGUUAAUUAAUUAUCAUUUUAAAGUUAGAAAAAAAAAAAAAAAAAGUAACAAUAACGGAAGUACUGAGAUUUAACAGGAAGUUUGUUUGUUUGUUUGUUUGUGUAGUUCGACACAUAUUGUGUGGACCACAAUUAGCAAAAGACCACCCGUACUUUUGGCCAAUUAACUACCACCUGGUAACUUAAAUUCUGUCUAUUCCAAUUAGUACUGUCUACUGAUGGUCUUGAUGUUUUUCUUUGGUGGUCUUUUUUCUUGCCUCAACAAACCAAAAAUUAAAAAUAAAUAACGUAACAUAACACAGUCAAAAAAAAAAAAAAAAGCCUCAAAGAUACUUUGAGCCAAUUGCCAUCUAUUUUUAGUCACUCUUCAAAUAUAUUAUAUAAAAAAAAAAGUGAUAUUAACAGACAUUCGUAUUUAGCAAUUUUAUGAUUUGUUAUUUAAAUAAAUUUGCUAAAAAAUAUAAUUAUUUUUAUUUUGUUUUUUAAAAAACAAAUAAGUAUCUCAUAAGCAUGACUAUGUAUUAAAUAAUAUAAUUUUCUUUUUAAGGUACCAUCUCAACCCUUUUGAAGCAGGUGACUUUAUUUAUAUACAUAGAUAAAAACAACCUGCUUGGAAUUUGCUGAUGAAGCAUCGAAUUGUUACUUUACUUUCGUGGGAAAACACCUGCUACCAUCAAAACUU